AUGGUUUCGUUCACCAACCUGUUCACUGCCGGCCUCGUUGCCACUUCGGCCCUUGCUGCUCCCACUCAGAUCAAGCGCACCACCUCCAGCAAGCGUGGUGCCGCCUACAAUGACAUCUCAACCGUCUCCCCUCUGAGCAGCACCGGCGUUGUCUCUUGGGCUUACAACUGGGCUGGUACCCUCUCCGGAUCCCUCCCCUCCAACGUCGAGUUCAUCCCCAUGCUCUGGGGAACCAGGGACUUCGGCGGCUGGUUGACCACCAUCGAGACUGUCCUCUCCAGUGGCAGCAACUACAUUCUGGGAUUCAACGAGCCCGACAUGGCCUCCCAGGCCAACAUGAGCCCCUCUGAUGCCGCCAACUACUACCUCCAGUACAUCACCCCGUACUCCGGCAAGGCCAAGCUCAUCUCUCCCGCCGUGACCUCCUCCACCGAUGCCGGUGUUGGUCUGAGCUGGCUCGAGUCCUUCAUGAGCUCUUGCGCAGACUGCAGCAUUACCGGUCUCGCCGUCCACUGGUACGGUUCCACUGCCGAUGAGUUCAAGUCCUUCGUCACCCAGGCUAUCAGCACUGCUAGCGAUUACAACCUGAGCGAACUCUGGAUCACCGAGUUCGCUCUCAGCGCGGAUGCUAACGGCUCCGCCGACCUUGCUACCACCACUGCUUUCUUAAAUGAGGUUAUCCCUUGGUUAGAUUCGCAGGCUGGCGUCACUCGCUACUCUUACUUCAUGUGUGCUGAGAACUAUCUUCUCUCUAACGACGCUCUCAACGAGGCUGGCGAGGCUUACACUGCCUCUACUUAG